AUGGUACCCGUUAUCGAAGGAACAGCUUUUAUUACGGGAGGAGCAUCCGGCAUUGGCAAGAGUACUGCAAUUGCCUUCGCACAGAACGGGAUCAGAGGCCUGGCUCUACUUGACCUUGACCUAUCGGCUCUCAAAGACACUCGUGAUGAGAUUCAGGCUCAGUCUCCUCUCGUCGCGAUUGAGAUUUUCCCAGUUAAUGUCGCAGAUGAAAUAUCUGUCGAUGAAGUUGUCAAAAAAGUUGUGAAUCAAUUCGGCAGCAUCGAAAUCGGAAUUAACUGUGCUGGUAUAAGUGGUACGCCGACCCCAACGCACCUGAUGUCGCUGCAUGAGUGGCAGAAGGUGAUCAAUGUCAAUCAGACGGGGGUGUGGCUUUGUCAAAGGGCUCUGAUCCGGCAGAUGUUGAAGCAAGAAUCGCGUGGUGUCCGCCAAGGUCGUGGAGUGAUCGUCAAUGUGUCGUCCAUGUUCGGUGUUGGGGGUCCUCCCGGUCCUUUUAGCAUCUCGCAUUACACAGCUGCUAAACAUGCGGUCGUCGGACUCACGAAAAUGGAUGCUAAAGCAUAUGCCCGAGAAGGAAUUCGCGUCAAUGCCAUUUGUCCGGGCUUCGUUGACACCCCGAUCAUUGGCGAGCAGAUCAAAUCUGGAUCAAUGAAUUCUCAAUUCGAAAUGACACCAAUUGGACGUCCGGCACAAGUGGAAGAGAUAUCGGAUGUACUGCUGUUCCUUUCCUCUCCGAUGAGCAGCUACAUGUGCGGCGCUGCCUUGGUGGUUGAUGGAGGAUAUACCGUUUAG